GGCGGCGGCGGCGGCGGCGGCGGGAGGCGGGCGCUGAGCGCGGUCUGUGCCGCGCAGGUGACGGCCGAGGCCCGCUGCAGGCUGGUGAGCUGGCUCAUCCCGGUGCACCGCCACUUCGGCCUGUCCUUCGAGGCGCUGUGCCUGACCGUGAACACGCUGGACCGCUUCCUCAGCACCACCCCCGUGGCGGCCGACUGCUUCCAGCUGCUGGGAGUCACUGCCCUCCACAUCGCCUGCAAGCAGGUGGAAGUGCACCCGCCCAGAGUGAAGCAGCUCCUCGCCCUUUGCUGCGACUCCUUCACCCGCCAGCAGCUCUGCAACCUGGAGUGCAUCAUCCUGCACAAGCUGCACUUCAACCUGGCCGCCCCGACUAUCAACUUCUUCUUGGAGCAUUUCACCCAGGUGCGUAUGGAGGCUGGGGAAGGCCAUGCCGAGGAGGCCAGCAAUGCCAAAACCCUGGCCAGAGGUGUGGCUGAACUUAGCCUGGCAGACUAUGCUUUUAACAAGUAUGUGCCCUCCCUGCUGGCCGUUUCUACCCUAGGGCUGGCCGAUCAGAUGCUGUGCCACCAAAACCCGCUGGACCUAAAAAUAAGUGGCUACCCGCAGGGGGUUUUACAGGACUGCAUGGACAAACUGCUCUUGCUGGUGUCUCUGAACGGAGACUCUUUAUCCCACGUGCUACCCCAGGAGUUUUCCCAGAGCUGUCUGGAGCUGGGAAGCUAGCUGAAGCAAUGCCCUUGGACAAUCCCUCAGGCCAUUUGAAGCAUCGGGAGAUUUUAAAUAAUAUUUCCUGUCCAUCAAUGUUUUUAUGAACUACCAGCUUGCUGAUAAUUGUUGUACCUUCAGAAAUAACAGUAUUUCCCUUAGAUUCUUGCUUAGUUGACAAGUCAGCCUGUUGUCUGUACUGUAUUUAUUUCUGCUCUCUAGGCUUAACGUCUAUACACUUUAGAGCUUAAUCAACUAAGCAAUAGUGUCCUUUUAAAGAACUAAAAUUAACUCUUAUUUGCACAUUAUAUAUUUUUUUUGUUUCUUGCACUGACAUUAGACUUUAUAAUGAUAUCCAGUGUAAACAGUGUACAUAAUCCAAUUCCUGUACAGUUUAUUUAUAUAGAGGAUGGUUUAUAAACGUACCUCAAGGGCAGGCAUAGGAAAAAUAAAAGUACUGUAUAAAAUUUCUUAAUAAACUUCUGUCACUGAUCACUGAAGAUAGUGUGUUUUGCUUGCAGUACUUAUACAUCAUACACCUUGGAGAUUGUUACUGGAGCAUUAUUCUGGUAGUCUUGUUUCACUCUGUAGAAAAUAAUUGUGUAUACUUGUAUUAUUUUCCCUUUCAAAAUGCAUUUUUGUCAGCAUGGUCAUAUUCCACAUGUGAAAAAAAAUUAGUUCAUAUGCCACAGCAGUGUAAAAUAAACCACAUAAUAAAUGA